CACUUAAUGAUUAAAAACUGGAUUUUUGGAGCAGAAUCAUAUCUUCUGUCUUCAAUUAUUCAUCAGCAGUGUGUAUAAAUAGAUGAUGCGAUGAGGAAGAUAACGAGGAAGACAAGCUGAGAUCAGAAAAGCAGAGACCACUAAAUGCCACUUUGAUUCGACACAAGAAAGCUCAAGUCCAAAACGCAUAAGAUGUUCAACCGCAUUUCAGUCUGAUGGAUUAUUAACCAGCCGGCAGAAAUGUACCAAGCAGGUCGAUGAUGAAGGAGAGCUACGCACACCACGUGGUGUCCUGGCGUGACGUCGUAAGUCAGUCAGACUCAUUUUUCCCCUUCCCCACCCGUAUCAUGUAAGCCCCGCCUCUUUUUUUACAAAAGGAGCCAGCUGAUUGGACAAACCAUACAUCAUUCAAUUUGAGAAAACAAUCGACUUUCGAUAGUAUGAACUAGAAACCAGUCCUGACCCAGGGGGCGGAGUUUCUAGCAGCACGGGUGGAAAUAAGAAGAAGAGGAGAGAGCGAGCGAGAGAGAGAGAGAGCGAGUGAGAGAGAGAGAAAAAAAAAGAAAAAAGAAAAAAAAAACGCCGGAGAUGGAGAAGAGUGGAAAAAAAGAAGGGAGGAGGAGGAGAGGAAGGAUGGACGUGCACUAUCGAGCGUGAAACAUUUAUAAGGGGUGUAUUUGUAUUUGUACAUAGCUUAUAAUUCUAUAAUUAAGAUCUCAGAUGGAAUUUUAUUUUGCAAAGCAAUACACGCAGUGAGAUACUAUAAGCCAUGCAUAUGUCAGCCUAUGCAACGACGCUGGAUUUGCACUAUUAAAUCACUGCAAUUUUUUGUGCAUGUAAACACCCAGUGAGCGGAAAUUAUUCUGAAGGACGUUUGUUUUUGUUUGUUUGUUUGUUUGUUUUGGUUUUUUUUUUUUAAUGCACCGGGCCUGUCAACAUUUAUGCAGAAAUGGUGCAGCUGUUGUUUCUUGUAAUUUCCAACGUGCUUCCCACACUUAUUGCAUCCAUGCAUAAUUCAACAACUGGAGGGUGUGCCAUCAUUCGCCCUCCUAGAGAUGGAGGGAUUCGUUACAGAGGACUGACACAGGAGCAGAUUCGCAGUGUGCAGAUUUUGCCUGUAGACUAUGAGAUUGAAUACAUCUGCCGGGGGAACAGGGUGAUUGUAGGCCCGAAGGUGCGGAAGUGUCUCCCUGAUGGCACGUGGACAGAUAUGGAUCAGCAGAGCAGAUGCUUGUUUCUGUGUCCUCACUGGUGGACGUCUUUGGAGAAUGGCAGAGUGACAGUGCAACCCCCUGGACCUCCAGUAGAAGGCACUGUGCUCCAUUACAGUUGUCACGCUGGCUUCCAGUUGGAGGGCAGAAACGUUUCCAACUGCACCAAGCAGGGCAAUUGGGACUCGCCCAAACCACUGUGUAUUUAUGACAGAAAUUAUACAGGGAAGAAGAAGCUGUACAUCGGCGCGCUGUUCCCCAUGAGCGGAGGAUGGCCUGGGGGACAAGCAUGUCUGCCCGCCGCGCAGAUGGCACUGGAGCUCGUCAACAACCGCACUGACAUCCUGCCCGACUAUGAACUCGAGCUCAUCUAUUACGACAGCAUGUGUGACCCAGGGGAAGCCACGAAGCUCCUGUACGACCUCCUCUACACAGAGCCGAUAAAAAUCGUCCUGAUGCCAGGGUGCAGCUCUGUUUCUACACUAGUAGCUGAAGCAGCUCGCAUGUGGAACCUUAUAGUGUUCUCCUAUGGCUCCAGCUCUCCAGCACUGUCCAACAGGCAACGUUUCCCAACAUUCUUCCGCACACAUCCCUCUGCGACGCUGCAUAACCCCACACGAGUGCGCCUCUUUCAGAAGUGGAACUGGAGCAAGAUCGCUACCAUCCAGCAAACAACAGAAGUCUUCACUUCGACGCUGGAUGAUCUGGAGCAGAGGGUGAAGGAAGCUGGAAUAGAGAUAAGCGUGAGACAGAGUUUCCUCACUGAUCCCGCCGUGGCUGUCAAGAACUUGAAGCGUCAAGAUGCCAGGAUCAUUGUUGGCCUAUUCUAUGAGACUGAAGCAAGAAAAGUCUUUUGUGAGGUCUAUAAGGAGAAACUCUAUGGAAAGAAGUAUGUCUGGUUCCUCAUUGGCUGGUACGCAGACAACUGGUUUAAAAUCAAAGACCCAGCCAUUAACUGCACUAUGGAGCAGAUGACAGAGGCUGUGGAGGGACACGUCACUACAGAGAUCGUCAUGCUGAACCCUGAGACUGUUCGUGGUGCCUCCAACCUGACUUCCCAGGAGUUUCUGGCUCAGCUUAUGUCUCGUCUUGGUGGGAAGAACCCUGAGGAGACAGGGGGUUUUCAAGAGGCUCCCUUGGCAUAUGAUGCAGUGUGGGCUCUUGCUUUGGCUCUUAAUAAGACGGUUGCACCGCUACGAGCUAAAGGAAGAAGACUGGAAGACUUUAAUUACAACAACCAGGACAUCAAAGCGGAGAUAUAUCGGGCUCUUAAUACCAGCUCAUUUGAAGGAGUAUCAGGCCAUGUAGUCUUCGAUGCUCAGGGAUCCAGAAUGGCUUGGACACUCAUAGAACAACUGCAAGGUGGGAGUUACAAGAAGAUUGGAUAUUAUGACAGCACAAAAGGCAAUCUUUCGUGGUACGGAAAUGACAAGUGGAUAGGCGGAGACCCUCCAAGAGAUCAGACGGUGGUUUUAGAAGAAUUUCGCUUCCUUUCCCAGAAGCUGUUUGUUUCGGUAUCUGUGUUUGCUGGCCUGGGAAUCAUCCUGGGCAUCGUUUGUCUCACAUUCAACAUCUACAACAGCAACAUUCGGUACAUCCAGAACUCUCAGCCAUACCUGAAUAACAUUACAGCCGUAGGUUGUGUACUUGCCCUGGCUGCUGUUUUUCCACUGGGCAUUGACGGUCUUCAUGUAGACAGAUCUCGGUUUCCUGUGGUGUGUCAGUUCCGCCUGUGGCUGCUGGGGCUGGGGUUCAGUUUGGCUUAUGGCAGCAUGUUCACUAAGAUUUGGUGGGUUCAUACCGUGUUCACUAAGAAGGAUGAGAAAAAAGACAAGAGGAAGCAUUUGGAACCCUGGAAGCUCUACGCAACAGUAGGAGUUUUACUGGCUAUUGACGUCCUGUCUCUGAUGAUCUGGCAGAUUGUUGACCCUUUGCACAUUACAUUAGAGAAGUUCACUAAAGAAGAUCCUAAAGGAGAUCUGGAUUUUUUGAUUCAGCCUGUACUGGAGCACUGCAGCUCAGAGAAGAUGAACACAUGGCUCGGAGUGGUGUAUGGCUAUAAGGGCCUGCUCCUACUGCUGGGCAUCUUCCUGGCCUAUGAGACAAAAUCCAUCUCCACUGAGAAGAUUAAUGACCACCGAGCUGUCGGCAUGGCUAUCUACAACGUGUCUGUUCUAUGUAUGAUCACAGCACCUGUGACGAUGAUUCUCUCCUCUCAACAGGAUGCCUCUUUUGCCUUUGCCUCUCUGGCUAUAGUGUUCUCCGUCUACAUCACUUUGGUGGUGCUCUUUGUGCCCAAGAUGCGCCGUUUGAUCAUGCGUGGGGAGUGGCAGUCUGAGCAGCAGGACACGCUGAAGACGGGAUCAUCUACCAAUAACAAUGAUGAAGAAAAAUCACGGCAGCUUGAGAGAGAGAAUCGAGAACUCCAGAAGAUCAUUCAGGAGAAAGAGGAACGCGUAACAGAACUUCGUAACCAAUUAGCAGAACGUCAGGCUCUCCGGGCUCGGAAACCAGCAUCUUGUCAGAACCAAAACCAGAACCAUAGCGUCCCCCUUCUGGCUUCAUCUGAGCCUCCUGGCUACUCGUCUGGCACAGAGCACUCGGUGCCUCCUUCCUUCUCUAACAACUCCACCCUCUACCAGGGAGAAGGGAAGCUUAGCCGGAAUCACUGCCACAACAGCCGGCUGCCUCUUCUCUACAAAUGAGCUGGGCAGAACUGGAGAUAAACGGGCUGCGUGUCCAAGAGUUCGUGUGAGUUAACACAGUGUAGUUUUAAUAAUUCUUUCAUUCCAAUCAUUUUUAGCAAUAGCUUCCAACAAGUGUUCAGGUCUUGUGCGAUGCCAUCUUAUAU